AUGAGAGAGUAAUAAAAGAUGAUCAAAAUAUUUACUUAAUUUCUAAAACCAAUGUGUAAAAAAUAGAUAUUCUUCUCUAAUAACUUACAAUUAUUUUUGAGACAAAUGAAACUAUAAAUGCAUUUUCCUAAAAAUAUUUGUUUUCAUUUUCAGUUAAUUUGUUAAAUGUUAGUAUCUUAACCUUUUCAAAUGGUUAAAUAUAAACUCAGUCAAUCAAAAAUAAAAUUUAUGUUGAAUUUGAUCCAUAAUUUUUUAAGAUUAAUGGCGACCAUUCUACAAACUAGCCAGAUUCACCUUAAGACAAUUAAAAGAUACCUUAAGUUCAAACUCAAACAGAUAGUUAAGGAUGUAUUAUUAUAUAAAAUAGUGCUUAAAAGUAAAAUGCAACUUUAUAAAACUUAAAUAUAAUUCAAAGAGACUACUUGUAAGAAAGCUUAGUUAGCUAAUAAAAAAUAGUCAGCUCAUUUUAAAAUGCCAACCGUCCUUUCUUCUUUGAAGGAUUAGAUAAUUCAUUAUCUUUAUUUAAAGAUUAUCCAGGCAUAUAUAUUUAUGAUUUAAAUAAAAAAGUUUUAAUAAAUGCCUAACCUUAAUAGGCAUUUGGUAAUACCUUUGUUUUAUAAGCAUUUAAUUAUGAUAGAAAGAAGAGAAUUGUAGUAAUUUAGCAUGGUACAAUUAAUGGUAUUUUUUAAUCAGUAGUAAUAUGCUCAAAUCUAACAUAAAAUACAACUUCUUAAGAAUAUUAUUUUGAAUAUGAUAAGCCUCAUUAUGCCUAAAUUUCAUAUUAAAUGA